AUGGCGCCACCCGGACGCCGGAGAGGCCACCUCUCACCCGGCACCAUCCUUCUCGGUCUCGUCUUCCUCUUCUCGUCCACCGCAUCCGCCGCCUCAGCAGUCAUAGGUGUUGACCUGGGCACCGAAUAUAUCAAAGCCGCGCUAGUAAAGCCCGGUGUCCCCCUCGAAAUCGUCUUGACCAAAGAUUCGAAACGGAAAGAGACGUCAGCCGUUGCGUUCAAGCCUUCGAAAGGUGGCGCGCUUCCCGCUGGCUCGUACCCCGAACGCUUUUACGGCGGCGAUGCGAUUGCGCUACAGGGACGGUUCCCGGGCGAUGUGUACCCGAAUCUGAAACAUCUUUUGGGUGUGUCAAGUGAGAGCGAUAUCGUGGGCACGUACAAGGAGAGAUACCCCGCGCUCGAAGUUACAGGCACAGAUGGUCGUAAGACGGUUAGCUUCCAGAGCGGUGUCUUCGCCGAGGACAAGUCAUACACAGUUGAAGAGCUACUGGCUAUGGAAUUGAAGAACGUUCGGGAGAACGCAAAGGCAUUGGCGGGCAAAGGCUACGAUAUCCAGGACGUCGUCUUUACCGUUCCGGCUUUCUACACGGUGGAUGAGAGGCGUGCACUUGAGAUUGCUGCAAGAUUGGCCGGUCUCAAGGUGCUUAGUGUUGUCUCGGAUGGUCUGGCUGUUGGUCUCAACUACGCUACUGGCAGGACUUUCCCGGAUGUUACAAAGGAUGGCAAGCCGGAGAUCAACCUGGUCUUCGAUAUGGGCGCUGGAUCUUUGUCGGCUACUGUUCUCAAGUUCCAGAGCAGGACUGUCAAGGAUGUCGGUAGGCGCAACAAGACUGUCCAGGAGGUUCAAGUUGUGGGGACUGGAUGGGAUAGGACGCUUGGAGGUGACGCGCUGAACUCACUCAUCGUCGACGAUAUGGUGGCUACUUUCAUCGAGUUACCAGCUGCCAAGAGCGCUUCUUUUACCGCUGACAAGGUUAAGACUCAUGGACGUACGGCUGCGAAGCUUUUCAAAGAGGCCGAGAGGGUUCGUCAGAUGCUCAGCGCCAACAAGGAGACCACAUCCUUCUUCGAGAGCUUCUACGAGGAUGUUGACUUCCGAUACAAGCUCCCUCGUUCUAGGUUCGAGGAGCUCGCCGCUGCCUAUGCCCAACGUAUCGAUGGACCCAUCAACCAGGCUCUGGAAGCUGCUGGCCUCACAUUCGCUGACAUCGACUCUGUUAUCGUCCACGGUGGUGCCAGCCGUACCCCCUUCGUUCAGGCUCGUCUCGAGGCAGUCGCAGGCAAAAGCAAGAUCAGGGCGAACGUAAACGCUGACGAGGCUGCCGUAUUCGGCGCUGCUUUCAAGGCUGCUAGUCUCAGCCCGUCUUUCCGCGUCAAGGAGAUCCGCGACUCGGACACCCAGGGCUACAACCAUGGUUACCAGUACAUGUUCAACAUGAAGGACCGUGACCAGAAGAUCUUCACCCCUAGCACCAAACUUGGAGCGACCAAGGACCUGCCUUUCCAGAUGAUGGGCGAGUUCGAGUUCACCAUGUACCAGGCUAUCCCUGGUGCUAAUGGCGAGGUGUCCAAGGAGCCUACUCUUCACUUCCAGAGCGGCAAUCUGACUCAGGUUGUCACAAACAUGAUUAACGACGACAAGUGCGACCGCGAGAGCUUCAACAACUACGUACAGGUCAGGCUUAGCCCUGUUACUGGUACUCCUGAAGUCUUGUCUGCAUGGGUUACCUGCGAAACUGAGAGCGAGGAGGUCAAGGGCGGAAUUGUUGAUGGUGUCAAGAACUUGUUUGGAAUGGGUGGCAAGAAGGACCAAGAGCCGUUGAAGGAGGGUGAGAGCUCUUCUUCUUCGUCUGCUUCCAAGUCAUCUUCCAAGUCUUCGUCUUCGGCGGGUGCUCAGAGCACUGAUGCUGCUAAGGAUGGGGAGAAGAAGAUUAAGACAAUUCGGUCGGCGAUUACGUACGAUGUUGAGCAGCUGGGCUACAAGAAGUUCCCUCGUAAGGAGUUGAAGAGGAUGCAGGACAGGCUCGCUGCUUUCGAUUCGUCGGACAAGUCUCGCCGCGUUCGCGAGGAGGUCUUGAACUCACUUGAAGCCUUCACCUACCGUGCUCGGGAUUACCUUGAGGACGAGUCAUUCAUCGGUGCUUCCACCUCCGCUGUCCGCUCAACACUUGAGACGACGCUCGAAGCCGCCUCAGAGUGGAUGUACUCUGGAGGUGCAGAUGCAGAUGAGAAAACUCUCAGGAGUAAGCUAAAGGAGCUCGAAGACAUCGUCAGUCCCGUGCUCAAGCGCAAGGACGAGGCUUCCAAGCGCCCAGACGCCAUCAAAGAGCUCAAAGACACCAUCGCUCAUAUCAAAGAAGUUGAGCAAUUGGUAGACGGUCAGAUCAAGACUCAAUCCGUCGAGAGCUCCAAGAGCAGCGAAGCCGUUUCUAAAGCUUCCGCUGACGCUGCCGCCUCGCCAUCCACCGACCCUAUGGACGAGCUCGAUGAAGAAGCAGAUGCACCCGCCGCGCCUGAAAUCACCGAAGUCCCAACGGUUUACACAGAAGACGAUCUAAAGACCGUCCAAGACCACGCCUCCAAAGCACAAGCCUGGCUCGACGAGAACGAAGCCAAGCAGAAUAAACUCACACCCACUGACGACCCAGCUUUCACCGUCAAGGACAUCCUUGCCGAGAAGAAGAAACUAGAUGAUGUUGUCAUGGAUAUGAUGAUGAAGAAGAUGAAGCACUUCAAGCCCCCGAACCAGUCAUCUUCCAAGUCUAAGACUGCUAAGAAGACCAAGUCCGCGAAAGCCAAGAAAUCAGCCACUAAGACUAAGAAAGCAGAGAAGACUAAGGAGACUGAGAAGCCUGCUGCGGCAGAACACCCCCACCCAGACUCUCAACAACAGGUUGAGGAUAUGGAGAAGGGGGAUAUCAAGCAUGAGGCGCAUGGGGGUGAAGCGCCGAGUCAGCAGGAGAUUGAGGAGGCAUUGAGGAAGGCAGGAGUGUACUCUGAGAAUGCAGAGAAGAAGGAUGAUGUCAAGGAUGAGUUGUAG